CUGGAGCGUGGUUUGUCAGAGGCGAUACGUCAUUGCGAGCAGCGGCGAUUGGCUGGAUUCAGCUCCCUUUUCUCCAGAAUUUGCGACACGAGCAGUCUUCUCCUCCGGAGCAGCGACAUCCCACAGUAGAGGCAGGUGGACUUAUUUCCCUCAAGAGAAAUGAAUGCAAUAUAGCGCGUGGACAUUUCUAUUCGCUUUCGUCUCCUCAAUUCUUCCCUGCAAUACAGACACUGCCCGACCCGGACUAAAUGAGUUCCCGGACCUCGGAGAGACUGGCGCUUUCUAUUCCCCACUGUGCCUUGAACGGAACCGCUCGGAGCAGCAAUGGCACGUGCUUUGACCAGGUGGACCAACUGUUCCAGGCGUUCUCCUCCACCGCCGUGCUCUUCGUGCUCAUCGCCAUGAUCAUUGGGAUAAUAUUCGUGUCCGUCACGACCUUCCACUUCCACAAAAGCAAGAUGAAAAAGCGCAAGAUCCAGAAAGCCCAGGAGGAAUACGAGCGCGACAACUGCAGUCCCAAAGCGGCCAAAGGCAAGCCGGCUGUCCGGCAGUGCAUCAUGGUGAGACCCCCAACGGGAGCGCGCAAAAGUGAUCCAAACACGGAGGAUCCGGGCGUGACAGAGGACAUGAGACACUCGGGACAAACCAAGGAUGAGGACUUGUUGGAAUCGGUCGCUGUGUCUUGAUAACGCAGUGCCAGCCUUUGGAGGACGCUGUAAAUAACCUCUGUAUUCUUAUGAUAUCACCUACGGAAUAUACCUAUUCUUCGUAUAAGCAUAAGAAUUGAUGAGUUUUCAUAAUAGAUCCCGGAGGAGGCUUUCUUCACUGGUUUUUGAGGAGGACUGAGGAAGACUAAGGAAUGCUGACGGAAUUUAAAUCAUAAUUGUUGUUCAAUCAUAAUGAGAUCGAAAGAGAUUAAAAUGUAAUAAAUCAAUCUAUCAGGAUUUUGUUGAUGGGAUCAAACGAGAAUUUCAUA